UUCGCUUCCGCUACUACCAGCAUCAUCCCCAUCACCAUCGUUGUAGUCUUUUCCCUCCUUCAUCUCGUGCUCAGCAUCCCUCUAGUCAGUCUAUGCACAUAUACAUACACACAUGAGUAUUCACCACAUACACACAAAACUCAGCAUCACUCACACUAAACUCGACAGCACUCGUCAUACUCGACAGCACUCACACACGACACGCUUCGAUUUAGGAUUUCCAACGUAACAUCAGUCAGUCAGUCUGUUUUGUUCAUCCUAUUAUAUCACUCUCUUAUUGUGGUGUGUCAGCUCCCCAACCGUGGCUAAAAGAAGCUGCAGUUGGCAGCUGAGGCCACCCGACAUCUACUGAUGCCAUGUGGAAGUACCGUUACUGGCUCUUGUUACCAUGUGUAUUGUGCCUGUCACUCAUAGGACACACUGUUCAAGUUUCCUUCUAUGGUCAAAGCUAUGUUCAUGUGCCAUUGCAAGAGUCUUCAAGUAGUACCAACAUCAAACUUCGUUUCAAAACUCACCGUCCCUAUGGUUUGCUGUUGCUUGCUGCUGGUCAGCCUGAUUAUUGCAUCAUAGAACUGAAAUCUGGCAUCAUUCAUGUACAUUUUGACUUUGGCUCAGGAAGUGCAAGUCUUCAGUCCAAUCCAGACUUGCGUCUCCAUGAUCGCCAGUGGCAUGAUGUCCACUUUCUACGUAUAAACAACACAGCUACUCUAACCAUUGACAAAAUCUUCAGCACUUCUAUUAAAAUUGCUGAAGAAUUCCGUACUCUGGACAUCAAUCAAGGAAUCUUUCUCGGAGGAACUGGUUCUUACCAAAAUGUCCUCUCCAACAGCUAUAACUUCCGAGGGUGUAUGGAGAAAGUGUUUUUUAAUAAGAAAAAUAUUGUACGAAAAGCUCGGCACUUAAAAGAUCCACAAAAUGUUGUUGAAGUUUCUUGGUCAUGUGACAGCGAAUUUGAUGCAGGCAAUCAUCAGCCUAUCACUCUUCUUUCUGACACUUCAUUCAUUGCUUUUCCUCACUUGCGAAUUCGUGAACAAGGGGAGAUAACAUUUGACUUCCGCACUAGGACACAAACAGGCCUUUUGCUUUUCUGUGAAGGACAACACAGUGAUCCAGAUUUUAUCUCUUUGGAAAUUCUCAAUUCCAAAAUAAAGCUUUCCGUUGACAAAGGAAAUGGUGUUGUCGAAGUAUUCUCAAAUGUAGAUGUCAGUAAUGGCCUGUGGCAUUCAGUUACUAUAAAAAUCAGUCAGCAAAUCUUGAUUUUGACAAUUGAUGGUCAUGAAAAUAUAUCACGGACUAAUUUUGGGAACAAAAUGUACCUCAACUUAGGAGGUUAUUUAUAUUUUGGUGGUUUGCAACUCAAAACUAAAAGCCUUGCUAUGGAACGAGGGCUAAUGUCACUUCUUGACCACAACUCCUCUGAUUCAAUAAAAGGCUGUUUCCGAGACAUUUUCCUCAAUUCACGACAGUUUGGCUUUCGAGAUGUUGAAAUUAGUCGGGAAAUUGAUCCAUCAUGUCUUUGGCAUUACCCAUGUGCAUCAAGUCCUUGCAUACAUGAUGCUCAAUGUGAAGAAAUUGGUUUUGAUCGAUUUCAGUGUUCCUGUGACACAGGUGACUGCAUUAAGCCAAUAGCAGUUAGUCCAUCAUCUAAUACAGAUCGUAACUUUGACUUUGUAGCUGUUCAGAAGUUGGUCGUUGAGGAGGAAACUGAGAAGAUUAUCACUACAACCAACAUUAAUAUACUAUUCAAAUAUGAAGAUUAUGGUAUCCAUGAUUCUGCCAUUUUAUUCACAGUUCUUAUACUUCCUCGACAAGGAACUAUUGAAAGACACUCUUUCACACAACAAGAACUUAGAGAAGGAAAUGUUGUGUAUAGACAUGGUGGUAGUGAUACUCUUAGUGACGAUGUAACAAUACAAGUGAAGAUAAUUGGCAGUAGUCAUCGCCUGGUACCAGAACUGAAACGUAUCUAUCGGUUCGUUCUACCAAUUGAAAUUAUCCCACGCAAUGACCCACCAAUCCUCAGGCUUCGUCCUAACGGAGAAAUUCAAGUAGCUCAAAAUUCUAAAGUACAGAUCCAAAAAUCCAUACUAAUGGCUGAAGACCCAGAUACACCACCUGAAGAAUUGAUUUAUCACUUAGAGAAUCCAACUCAAUCAAAGUGCUUCUUUGAAAAUUCUUCUCGGCCAGGAUUUUCAAUCACAACAUUCAGUCAAGCUGACAUCAAUUCAGGCAAGAUUUGGCUUGUACAACGUGAUUCAACUGUGGCUUUUAUUCGCAUAUAUGUAACUGAUGGCUUUUCUAAAUCAAAGGAUACUAAUAUAAUUAUCCGGGCAAUGAAACUAAAAUUGACUAUCAAAGCCAACACUGGUUUGUACCUUCCACUUGGCUCUCACUCUCUGAUUACCUCAAAUAAUUUGUCUUUUAGCACAAAUGUUCCAAACCGAAAUCUCGAGAUUCGUUACAAAAUCAACGAAGGUCCUUACUAUGGGGAAAUCCAACGCCGUAAACAUGAAAAUAAUGCAUGGUUACCUGUUACCACAUUUGUUCAGCGUCAUAUUGAUGCUGGACGUAUUCGUUAUUUCAGCAAACCAUUUAACUCCACUCCUGAUUCAGAUAUAUUUAAGUACACUGUUACAUGUCAAGAUGCCGAAACAAAUGUUGAGGCUUUUAGAAUCAAGUUUGUUGGGGUUCAACUGAGUGUUGUAGCUAACAAGAAACUUGUUUUAAGAUACACCAUGUCAAAAGUGCUUUCAACUAAAUAUCUCAAUGUUAAGUUGAAUACUCAAAGAAUACCCCCAAGAGAAGUUUUCUUUACUAUUGUGCGUCCCCCAUCCUAUGGUAACCUUUAUCGUGCAAAACCAGAUACUUCAACAUCUGCCUUGAAAAAGCUUCAGCCUCUUCAAAGAGAUGGGUCUUUCACACUGAAUGAGUUGCACAGUAAUAUGAUCCACUACAGUCUUAAGCGACAGUCCUAUAGUAGCUUAGAUGAUUCUAUAGACAUGCACCUUUCUGUGAAAGGUGUUCCUCCUCGACGUCUCCGUUUCCAUAUAGAGUAUAUUCCUAAUGAGACAGAUGUUCGCUACAUCAACAAUGGCCUAGAAAGAGUAAUUGAAGGAGAAAGAAAAGUUAUCACUCGAAAUGAUCUUUACAUUGAAAUGGACAAACACAGAGAAUUUCAAUACAUUGUGUUCAAAUCACCACAAUAUGGUAAAUUGAUUAUAGUUGAUCCACACUAUCGAAUGACCCCCAAGGAAAAUGUUGAAACUUUUACAAACAAAGAUAUCCGUGAAGGCCGCUUAAUGUAUGUUCAUGAUGGGUCUGAACACAAAACUGAUUCAUUUGCUUUUACAGCUACUCCUAUUAUUCUGCAAACAACAGAUAAGCAAGAAGAACUAUCUGAUUUCUCUGGUCACUUCGACAUCCAGAUUGUAAUGAAAAAUGACAAUUCACCACAACGUGUUGUUGAUAAACCCUUCUAUAUAAUUCUUAAUGGGGAACGAACUCUAAGUAUUCAUGACCUUGCAUUUACUGACCCUGAUAUCAACUUUGACGACAACAAGCUUAUCUACACAUUAACAGAUAAAUCUGAUCAUCAUGUUUUAAACAGAAUGGACCGAAGCUAUGUGUUUCGAUUUACACAGCAAGAUAUAAUUGAUAGAAAGCUGCUAGUGAAGAACUCAGGAAAUUCAGUUGACUACCUUAAAUUUUCAGUAACAGAUGGACAUUUUGUACGGAAAUUUACCCUUGAAAUUGAGGCUUCUGCUCCUUUUAUCAAAGUCCUUAACAACACAGGGGUGUCAGUAUUGAAGGGAAAAAGUGUUACUAUCACUCCCUUUAAUCUCAGUAUUGAAACAAAUGUUAAUGUUAGAGAUGAAGAGAUUGUUUUUUUCAUCAUGAGAGAACCAAUGUAUGGUGAAUUACUUCUUGAUAACAAGAGAAUUAACAGCUUCUCUCUAGCUGAUAUAAAACGUGAUAUGCUAACAUACAAGCACAAUGGAAACAGUAAACUUGAUGAUUAUUUCAAAUUUGCUGUUGAGGCCGGCCCUUCAGAGACACAAGGAUCCUUCUCAAUUCUUCUUUUCCUGGAGAGCCAGCGUCAUCCACCCCAUGUAAUUCAUAACAAAAUUGUGGUCAUAAAUGAAAGCCAAAGUGUGAUUAUAACUAACAACUACUUGCAUGUGAGUCAUCCAGAUUCAUUCCCAGCUGAUAUCCAGUAUCAUGUUACCACACCACCCAAGUUUGGCUUUCUUUCAGUUGGUGAUAUAUUAUAUUCAGAUAAAAGUAAUAUCACUUUCACACAAGAAGAUAUCAAUGAGGAAAAACUGAAAUAUGUUCACCAACAAAUACAAAAGGAUGUUGAGACUAAUACUGAUGGAUUUAUUUUUGAUGUCACCAAUGGAUUUAAAAAGUUGCACAAUCUUGAGUUUGUCAUUGACAUAUUGCCAAAAAUAUUACCUUUGCAGCUGACAAAUGUUACUGUAUCAGAAGGUCAAAGUCAAAUGCUAACCAAGAAAAAUAUUCGCAUUCGAGGUAAACAUUUUGAAGAUAAGCUAGUAAUCUACAAUGUAACAAAACAACCCAAAUUUGGUUGGCUAGAAUCCAUAACAAAUAAAGGCAAUGCCAUUUCUCAAUUUACUUCCCAAGAGCUUCUUGAUGAGCUCAUCUAUUAUGUUCAUGAUGACAGUGAGACAUCCCUUGACCAUCUGUGGAUUUCUGGUAGAUUGAAAGUCAAUGGUCAAGAAAGUGAAGAGAAAAGGUUGUCAGUAAAAGUGAAGCCAAUCAAUGACCAGCUGCCACAGAUUAUACGCAACAAAGGAAUACAAGUAUGGAAUCAGUCUGUGACUAUAUUAACAAUUGAUCACCUCAGAGCAGUUGACCCUGACUCUAAAGAAGGGGACCUUAUUUUUCAAGUGACUGAACCCUCCAAUGGUUACUUAGCUUUGGUUAAUAAUACUUCAAAGAAACUUAGUUCUUUUUCUCAACAAAUGGUCAAGCAGAACUUGAUUGCAUUUGUUCACACAGGUGGCAGCACAGGAAGCUUCCAGUUCCGCAUCACAGAUGGUUCAAAUUUUGAUAAUGAACAUAUUUUUAAAAUAACAGCACAUUCCCUUAUAUUGAGCCUUGAUGUUAACAAACCAAUGGAAGUAUACCCAAAUACAAUGCAAGUUCUAACUAAUGAAUACCUGUCUGCAAGCACUAAUAACCCUAACCAAACAAAUGCUAUAAAGUACUGGCUGAGGACCCGUCCGCACUAUGGUCAGAUUGUGUCUCGAAUGGAUGAACAACUCAAUGAAGUUCAUCAUUUCACACAAUCAGACAUUGAUAGCGGUCGUAUUUUUUAUCGACAUAAAGCCAACCUGCAUAACUGGUCCCAGCGGGAUUUUUUUAAAUUCCGAGUUGAAACUCUCUAUGCAAACAGCAUUGAAGACAUAAUGUUUAUAAGUAUCUCAUAUGGCAACAUUAAUCAAGAAAACAAAAACAUGCUGAUUAGUCUCACUCCAUUGAAAGUUGUUGAAGGUGGCAGUGCUUUUUUCACCAAACAUAACCUUAAUAUUGACAAAUAUGUGCGGGAACUGAAAAUUCUAAAGAAACAUGUCACUGUUAGAUAUGAAAUCACUGAACCACCUCGUUAUGGCAAACUACUUCUUGAUCGAGGAUUACUACUACCCGGAGUUAACUUUUCUCAACAAGAAAUCAAUCAUGAGCGUCUCAAGUAUGAGCACAACGGCAAUGAAACUUUGCAGGAUUCCUUCAAAUUCUUGUUGAAUAUUAAGAUACGUAACAUUACAAGCAAACCUCUUGAUGUGAGCAGUCGUACUCUAGAAAAUGAGUUCAACAUCACCAUUUAUCCAGUCAAUGACCAACAUCUUGUACUGCUCACUCAAAACCCUGGUAUUCAAGUCAUUCAAGGUUUAACAGCGAACAUUACACGCAAACAUUUGGAGACAACUGAUCCAGAUACCCCACCAGAAAAUAUCACUUAUACUAUCAUUAAAAAAGCUGACAAUGGAAUGUUAGUGUUUCACAACAGUUAUUACGUUCCAAUUUCUCAGUUCACUCAACGUGAAGUCAAUGCUGGUAUAGUGGUGUUUCUACAUGAUGGUAGCAGGCACCAAGGCUCUUUCACUUUUAAGGUCAGCGAUGGCAAAUUUGAGCAAUUCUAUAUUGUGUUCAAUAUUGCUGUCAUUCCAGUCAUUAUAAAUAUUGUCAAAUAUUCAGACAUUGAAGUUCUGCAGUCUCAGUCUGCAGCUUACAUUAGCCUUAAUAACUUUAAGAUUCGUACAAAUGGAAUUUCUGAAAAUGUCCGCUACAACAUCACACGUCGACCCCAGUAUGGUCACCUCUAUCUCAAAGAUAUGAUUGUUAGCCAGUUCUCGCAAACAGAUCUUGAAAACAGUCUUUUACUCUACAUUCAAACAAACAUGGCAUCUGGUUCAGACUAUUUCUUAGUACGUAUGUACUUUCCACAAAUUGACAGCCGUGUCUAUGAUGCUCGCUUUAACAUUACUGUGCGUCCUCUUUUAAAACAACACCCAUUUAAAGCUAUUGCUGGAGAUCAAGCCCUUAUUGACCUUUCAGUUCUUGAUGCCUCUGAACUAGCAGAAGUAACAAAUGACAACCCUCAAUUUCACAUAACUGAGUCUCCUUUGUAUGGUCAACUCAUUAAGAGGUCUCCUAUCCGAAAAAGAGAAAUUCGACGAAGAACUCUAAUCAAAAGUUUUACCCAUGAAGAUGUGCAAAAUGGAGAUAUCCUCUAUGAAGCUGACAGAACAGGUCAUAACCAUAGUGUUAUUGACUCUUUCUCUUUCAAACUUGUUGCAAUGAAUGUGCAACCAGCUUCUGGUAAAUUUGAAAUCAACAUCCAUCCACCAGGAAGCAAAGAGGAAGAUCUAAAGCCAUCUUUGACACCUCGUCUAACAUCAGUUGCAGCUGCUAUCGAGCCUAAGGAAGCUGCUGGGAAACAAGAGGAUAUUCCAAAUGUUACAAGUGAUUUUUUCAUAGUUUGUAUUGUAGUCUCAUUUAUCUUAAUAAUAAUAAUCAUAGUUCUCAUUAUUUUCAUUUUGUUGAGGAAAAGGAAACAGAAAUCACCCUCAGAAAAUGUGCGUGGCACACGCACACGACCACGACCACAGAUCAAUGGAUCAGUGCAUUUGGAUCAGCCCCAUGUUCACAUUGAACCCCAACAACAAAAUCUGACCAAUAGUCCUGCAUCUGACGAUUACAUGUCACUCAUGCAAGAACAAGCAUCGUCCAUUGGUGUGAACAUUCCCUCAACUAGUAGCAACAACACCAGCAAUGCAGACACAGGUGCAUGUUGCAGCAGUAGCAAUGCCACAGAUGGUGCUACUGCAGGCUCCCCAGCAAGCGCAUUAACACCAUCAGAAGACAGUGAUGAAAAAGCAGUAGCUGCAGCGGUAGCAGUAAUGACAGCAUCAUCACCAUCAUCAUGUUCACACCCUAACAUAUCAGCCACUGCUGACCAAAGUACAAAAUCAUCACCAACACCCCGUUCACCUGAUUCAACACGGGCCGAGGUCAGCUCAACGGUGCCAACUUGUAAAGUAACGCCACUGAUGCAUACAGAUAACAGCUCCCCACCGGAAAGACGAUCACCAGAGGGCAGUUCCAAGACAGGAACCAGUACAGACUUAUUAAAUGUUGAUUGGAAUCUGCUAGGUCCUGAACUUUUGCAACACUUUCGGACCACAAAUCCAGUUUUGAGAGACAACCAGUAUUGGGUGUGAUAGUAAGAAUGCAGGGGAUGGGGGCAGUGAUUCAAUGUGAGGUGAGGAUUAGAAAAGAGGAGGCAAAAAUUGGAAAGAGAAACAUUGAAAGAAACAAAAAAAAAAAGUAAAAUGAAAUUCAAACCCAAGAAAUUAAAGUAAACAAAAAAGAAAAAAGUUCUUUCAUUCAUUAAAAAAAGAGGGAAAGUGAGAGUGAGAGGGAGUGUGUUUGUGAAUAUAUAUAUAUAUAGAUAUAUAUAUAUAUAUAUAUAUAUAU